CACGAUAAAGUUUGGCCACCGCUGCUCGCCGUAGCCGCGUUUCCAACAUGGCGGCUCCCCAGGACGUCCACGUCCGAAUCUGUAACCAGGAGAUUGUCAAAUUCGACCUAGAGGUGAAGGCGCUUAUCCAGGAUAUUCGAGAUUGUUCUGGACCCUUAAGUGAGCUCACUGAACUGAAUACUAAGGUGAAAGAAAAGUUUCAACAGUUACGAUGCAGGAUACAGGACCUGGAGCAGUCAGCAAGGGAGCAAGACAAGGAGUCGGAGAAACAGCUUCUACUUCAGGAAGUGGAGAACCACAAAAAGCAGAUGCUCAGCAACCAGACCUCAUGGCGGAAAGCUAAUCUUACCUGCAAAAUUGCCAUCGACAACCUGGAAAAAGCAGAACUUAUGCAGGGAGGAGACCUCCUAAGGCAAAGGAAAACUACCAAAGAGAGUUUGGCACAGACAUCCAGCACCAUCACAGAGAGCCUCAUGGGGAUCAGCAGGAUGAUGUCACAGCAGGUGCAGCAGAGUGAAGAGGCUAUGCAGACUCUAGUCAGCUCUUCACGGACUCUCCUGGAUGCAAAUGAAGAGUUUAAGUCCAUGUCGGGGACCAUCCAGCUGGGCCGGAAGCUCAUCACGAAAUACAACCGCCGGGAACUGACAGACAAACUUCUCAUCUUCCUUGCCCUGGCCCUGUUCCUUGCUACAGUCCUUUAUAUUGUGAAGAAGCGCCUGUUUCCAUUCCUGUGAGAGAGAGCUGCCAGCUAUGCCCUUUGCACUUCAGUCAGGCUGGGCUCUCAAGGACUGGCCCGGCCACCAAACUGGGCUGCUCCUCCCUCAGGUUUUCUCUUGUUGCUCGGGGCAGCCAGUGGAGGGAAACACAGCAGCCCAGUUUCCUGCAAGAAGCUGCUUGGAAAGGGCAAGUGGAAUGGAGGAAAAUGAAGCCUUCUGGACAAAGGCGCUCCACGUUCACUCAGCUGCCCAGCACUGUGGCCGCCACAGGGAACAUUUCAACUCUGGGAUUUGAUGCAUCUCCUCCCUCCAUGUCCUGAGGCGUAAAUGCUAGAUCUAGUGGAGAGAAGAGAGAAGAGGAGCCUGUGGGUGAGCAGGUGAUGACAGCUCAUGGCUGUUCCCUGAAUAAACCUCAUUUAUUUAA